AGCAGCAGCCUCUUUGCUCCGGCGGAGAUGCGCCCCCCCCCCCUCCCCGUGGCGGCCCGCCGUGGGAGGGGCUGGCAGGCCCAGAGGCAGAGCCAGACUUCGUGGGCGAGGCGGGCGAAGCCGAAGGCCCCACCCACGAUGGAGCGGAAAGGCUGUCUUCCCCGGCUGGUGGUGGGCUGCGCAGUCCUGCUGCGCCUGGUGGGGGCGCCGUGCCCCGAAGAGUGUGCCUGCUCCAAGGCGGCCCAGGUGGAGUGCUCGGGCCCCCAGCUGGUGGAGAUGCCCGCCCCGCUGCCCAGCAACGCCAUGAGCUUGCAGGUCCUCAACACCGGCAUCAGGGAGCUGGGCGAGGCGGCCUUUGGGAACGCUUCCGCCCUCAUCGCCCUGCGGAUGGAGAAGAACCAGCUCUCCCGCAUCAGCCCCGGGGCCUUCCGGCACCUGGCCUCCCUCCGCUACCUCAGCAUGGCCAGCAACGGGAUCCGGGAGCUGCCGCUGGAGCUCUUCCACCCGCUGGGCCGGCUGGAGUCGCUCCUGCUCCCGGGCAACCGGCUCCUCCGCCUCCAGGCUGCCCACUUCAGCCAGCUGGGCAGCCUCAAAGAGCUCCAGCUCCAGGGGAACCAGCUGCAGGCCAUCCCGCCGGGGACGCUGGACCCGCUGCGCUCCCUCGCCAAGCUCAACCUGGCCAAGAACCAGCUGGCCCGCCUGCCCCCCCGGCUCCUGGCGCAGCUGCGCAGCCUGCAGGUCCUGCGCCUCUACGAGAACCAGCUGGCCGAGCUGCCCGCGCGGGCCUUCGAGGCCCUGGCCGAGCUGCAGGAGCUGGGCCUGCACCACAACCGGCUCCGGGCGCUGCCGCCGGGGCUCUUUGCAGCCAACCGCCAGCUGCAGAAGCUGUUCCUCUCCAACAACCGGCUGGAGGCCCUCCCGCCGGGCCUCUUCCUGGACCUCCCGGAGCUCUCCCGGCUCUCGCUCUUUGGCAACGCCCUCCGGGAGCUCGGCCCGGGGCUCUUUGGGCCGAUGCCCCGGCUGAGGGAGCUCUGGCUCUAUGACAACCAGCUGGCCAGCCUGCCCGGCCAGGUCUUUGGCAACCUCACGGCCCUGCAGCUCCUGGUCCUGAGCCGGAACCAGCUGCGCAGCCUCUCCCCCGAGGCCUUGGCUGGGCUGGCGGAGCUCCUGGAGGUCUCCCUGCACACCAACCAGCUCGCCACGCUGGACGGGGAGACCUUCCGCGGCCUGAGCAAGCUGCAGAACGUGUCUUUGCAGAACAACCAGCUCCGCUCCCUGCCGGGACGCCUCUUCCAGCACACCCCAGGCCUGGUGACCAUCCAGCUGCAGAACAACUCCCUGGAGACGCUCCCGGCCGGCAUCUUCAACCGGCUGCCCCACCUGCGGGAGGUCUGGCUGCAGGACAACCCCUGGCGCUGCGACGCCUCCCUCCUGGCUCUCAAGAAGUGGCUGCAGGAGAACCAGCCCCGCCUGGGGAGCAGCCAGCCGCGGUGUGCCCAGCCACCCCUCCUGCAGGGGAAGCCUGUGGCCGAGAUGGACGAGGCCCUCCUCCUGGGGCCGGGGAGCUCGGCCACCGCCCCGGCCUGGCCACUGCCCACCUCUGGCCAGGCAGAGGCCCCUGGGCAGGACCAGAGGCCAGAGACCACCGCUGCUGCCGCCGCCACCCCUGCGCCCCCCACUCCGUCCCAGCCAGCUCUGGGCAGUGAGCCGGGCAGCGCAGAGACAGAGCAGGAGUCCCCAGCGGCGGCAGCAGCCACUGCCCUCCCCAGCCCUGGCAUUGUCCCUGCGGAGGGGGGCAUUUGGGGUCUGACCCGCACCCAGACUGGGGUGGUGGUCACCUGCAUUGUGGUCGGGUGUGCCUUGCUCCUGGGCACGCUGGUGGCCGUGGCCUUCUACGGCUGCGGGAGAAAGCAGCGCUCUGAGCUGAGCCCAAGGAAAGCCUAGAAGGCAGCCAAGGAGAAGCACCAACACCCGCCUGCCUGGGACAUUUCGGGGCAGGGGGGGGGACGGGACACACACACACACACACACACACACACAUUUGUUCUGCAUCACGGUCUCCAGCCCUCCCACCCGCCCCUCUCGGCAGCCACCAGGACUCAGUGGGCAUCCCCCCUGAUGACAGAGGCCCUGCUCCCCCUCAGCAUUGUGCCUCAAGCUCGACCAGUGUGCUAGACCUCCCUGUGCAUUGCUGCGCAGCCUCCCCCUGGCUUGGUGAGCCUAGACCCCCAUCCCAUUCCCCAGGGACCCAGCACACCGGUCCCCCAAGGCUGACGAGCGGUCCUGCCCCAGCAGCCUCAGUGGAGGUGGGGGUGUUGUGGGCACUCCGAGGCUGGCGUCCUGUAGGAAGGCACACUCCCUGCAGUGGCAGGCCUCCCAGGAGGGGCAGCCCUUGAGCAGCUUCCUCUGGGGCAAGAAGGCAGCCUCCGGACCUGCCCAGGGUGCUUUCCAGUUAGCUGCUCAACAGCGGCAAAAUGCUUCGGUUUGGGCAAAUCACAUUCAAAACGUAAAUAGCAAAGUGCCCAGCAGGGGGAGCAGUCUCGCAAAAACAAACAACCCGAAAAAGACAGCAAUCUUUUUACGCCGGACAUACAACAUUAUGGAAAUAAAUUGCAGCGAUUAAAUACCAAACAAGGCAUCGGAAAUGUGAACGGCACCCAGCAGUCAGUGUGGUGUCACAACACAGGAAGUGCGGAAGCACACUCUGGAGAUACGUCCUGACCCCAUUGCAGGGACUAGUCUGGAAAGCACCCUGGGCAGGUGGCUGUGGGGAGCAGAGGCCACAUCCCAGUUGCUACAGGCGGCCCAUCAAGUCUGGGCCCCACAGAUGGUGGCGAGCCGGCUGUGGGGAGAAGGAAGCCAAGGAGACUCAGAGGCUCAGGGCAGGGAGGCCAUUGGGGGGAGUGUGGGGGGAUUGCCACACCCAGGCAAGCAAGGCGGCCGAUGGGCUGAAGGGGUGUGGCCCUGGCUGGGGAGGGGCCCCUGAGCCAUCCCAUGAUGCAUCACUGUUGACCGUGAUGACGUUCCUUACAUUGCAGCGAGGAAGGACUAGAGCAUCAGGCUCUCUGAGGGGAGGGGGGUGCAGUGCUGGAGGCGGGGGCUGUCGCUCAGCGAGGGAGCAUCUGCUUGCACACAGAAGGUGCCAGGUGGGUCCAAUUCCUGGCCUCUCUGGGUCGUGCUAGGAAAAUAUCCCCCCGUGCAACUCUGGAGAAUGCUGCCAGUCGGUGGAGGCAAGAUGGAGCUAGAGGGACCAGGGGCCUGGCUCAGUCUUCGGGAGCAGCUUCCUGUGUGCCUGUGGGGUGCCUGCCGGCCCCACUGCUCACCACCAACUCUCUCUCCAAAGGAGCAGGGAGGCAGUCAGAGUCCAGCUGAGGCAGCUCGGCCUUCUAGGGAGGAGGCCUGGCCAGUCCAGUGCCCCCUGGAAAGGGGAGGGGGCUGAUUCGGGGGGUGUCCCACCAAGAAACUGGAGCUCCAGAGGUGGCACUGAGGAGCCCCCUUCUCUCUCCAGGGGAUCUGGCUGCCUCUCCCGCCCCCCAACCCAUCCUCUCUCGGGCCCAGUUUAGGGAUUCCAGGCACUGGAGUCCUCCCAGACCCAAAAGGGCAGCAGCUUCCUCUGGGCACAAGCCAAGCGGGCUUCGAAGCUGGGCUGGAGGCCGGCUUGGCUUGGCCACCUGGCCUGAAUGAACAGGUGCGGUCAGGGCCAAGACUUGCAAAAGGCCGUUCCUCCUCCCCCACCUCCCAAGCAAAACGAAACAGUUUGUAACACCAUCAAGGGAAAGUCCAUCUUUUGUCGAAAGUGAAAAUAAACGCCUCCUGCUUUCC